GUUACUUAGUCACUAACCAAUGAAAAGGCUUGUGGAGUGAGCAACACAGGUAACCCCUCCCUAGGAGUAGCCACACCUCGAUCAUCAGACAGGUGUACGUGUCUAUUUUGAAGCGAAAGUGAAACCAUCUCAGCAAGCUCCAUUUUGUGAAAACAUGACGCAGGUAUUUAACUUUUUAUUAGGGUGGUGCUUGUAGAGCACUGUAUGUAAAAUGAAUCUCAGUGAGCAGAGAAAGACGGGUCGCACUGUUCACACCUGUGAAGCAGAACCCAGCGGUGUGUCUAUGAAGAGUAAUGCAUCUAUGGAGAACCCCCCUAAACUCAGUGAUGGAGCCUUGACCUCUGACCUUGUCACUGUAUGUAAAACGAUUGUCAGUGAGCAGAGAAAGAAGGGUCGUACUGUUCACACCUGUGAAGCAGAACCCAGCUGUGUGUCUAUGAAGAGUAAUGCAUCUAUGGACAACCCCCCUAAACUCAGUGAUGGAGCCGUGACCUCUGACCCUGUCUCUCUAAAAGCUCACUUUAAAGGCAUCUUAAAAAAGGUCCAUACACACACACCACUGGACAACACUAAACACCUCCAGAGAAUCAAAAAUCAACAAAAAACCAUCAUGAAGAAGAAGUAUGAGAGUUUAUUUGAGGGAAUCAAACUACAGGAGAAUCAAACCCUCCUGAACAGGAUUUACACACAGCUGUACAUCACUGAGGGAGAGAGAGAAGGAGUGAAUGAAGAACAUGAGGUUUUACACAUGGAGAAAAAACACACAACGCAACACUCACAAGACACUCUGAUCUACUGCAAUGACAUAUUUAAACCCUUUCAUGAACCUAAACCAGAUCAAAGAGAGAAGAUCCAGAUCAAGAGUGUUCUUACUAAAGGCAUCGCUGGAAUUGGAAAAACCGUCUCUGUGCAGAAGUUCAUUCUGGAUUGGGCCGAGGGAAGAGCCAAUCAGGACGUAGAUUUCAUGUUUGUGCUUCCAUUUCGAGAGCUGAACUUGAUUGGAGAUGAUCAGUACAGUCUUCACAAACUUCUGCUGGACUUUAAUCCUGAACUUCAAGAUCUGGACUCUCAGAUUUAUGAGAAGUGUAAAGUUGUGUUGAUCUUUGAUGGUCUGGAUGAAAGCAGAAUAAAACUGAUUUUUUCAGACAGUGAGAAAGUUUCUGAUGUGACCGAGACUUCAUCAUUGAGUGUGGUGAUGUCAAACCUGAUAAAAGGAGAUCUGCUUCCCUCCGCUCUCAUCUGGAUCACCUCCAGACCAGCAGCAGCCCAUCAGAUCCCCUCUGAAUACAUCACACGUGUGACAGAAAUCCAGGGAUUCAAUGAUCCUCAGAAGGAGGAAUAUUUCAGGAAGAGAAUCAGUGAUGAACAUCAGUUCAACAGAAUCAUGUCACACAUUAGAAGAGCGAGAAGCCUCCACAUCAUGUGUCACAUACCAGUCUUCUGUUGGAUCUCAUCCACUGUGCUUCAGAAGAUCCUGACACAAGAUCACAGUGAAGAAAUCCCCAAAACUCUGAGUGAAAUGUACAUCCACUUCCUGCUGAUUCAGAUGAAGAUGAAGAAUGAGAAGUAUGAUCCAGAGAGAGAUCCAGAGAUCAACAGAGAAGUGAUUGUGAAACUGGCUGAAGUGGCUUUCAAACAGCUGAUGAAGGGCAAUGUGAUGUUCUAUGAGGAGGAUCUGAGAGAGUGUGGGAUAGACAUCACUGACGCCUCAGUGUAUUCUGGGAUCUGUACUGAGAUCUUUAAGGAGGAAUCUGUCAUUCAUCAGAGGAAGAUCUACAGCUUCAUACAUCUCAGCUUUCAGGAGUUUCUCGCUGCAUUCUUUGUCUUUCACUCAUAUCUAGAGAAGAACAUGAGGUUACUGAGGAGUUUUUUUUAUGUGAAGGAGAACACACUAUCUGCACUACUAGAAUCAGUGAUUAUUGAAUCCUUCAGCAGUGAAACUGGCCAUCUGGAUCUUUUCCUGAGGUUUCUGUUGGGCAUCUCACUGGAGACCAAUCACAGACUCUUACAGGACCUACUGACACACACAGAGGACACAUCAGACACCAUCAAGAGAACCACAGUGUAUAUAAAAAACAGAGUUAAAGAUGAUAAUCAUCUAUCAGUCGAGAGAUCCAUCAAUCUGUUUCUCUGUCUUCUGGAAUUGAAUGAUCAGACUCUGUACAGAGAGAUUCAGGAGUUUGUGAAAUCAAAGAAUCAUUCUCAGGCCAAACUCUCUCCUGCUCACUGUUCAGCAAUAGCCUACAUGAUGGUGAUGUCACAGGAGGUGAUGGAUGAACUAAACCUAGACAAAUUCAACUCAUCAGAUGAGGGAAAAUUGAGACUGAUACCAGCUGUGAUGAACUGCAGAAAAGCUCUAUUUUCUAAAUGUAAUAUCACGGAUGAGUGUUGUGAAAGUUUGGCUUCAGUUCUACAAUCAACAAGCUCUCUGGUAGAGCUCGACAUGAGUCACAGUAAACUGAAGGAUUCAGGAGUGAAACUGAUCUUUGAUGCACUGAAGAGUUCAAACUGUCAACUCAACACACUGAGAUUAGUUGGCAGUGAUCUCACUGAUAAGAGCUGUGAAAGUUUGGCUUCAGUUCUUCAAUCAUCAAACUCUCUGAGAGAUCUUGAUCUGAGUCACAAUGACCUGAAGGAUUCAGGAGUGAAGCUGAUCUCUGAUGCAGUGAAGAGUUCACACUGUCAACUCAACAUACUGAGACUUAUGUGCUGUGAUCUCACUGAUAAGAGCUGUGAAAGUUUGGCUUCAGUUCUUCAAUCAUCAAAGUCUCUGAGAGAUCUGGAUCUGAGUCACAAUGACCUGAAGGAUUCAGGAGUGAAGCUGAUCUCUGAUGGACUGAAGAGUUCACACUGUCAACUCAACACACUGAGACUUGCUGGUUGUGAUCUCACUGAUAAGAGCUGUGAAAGUUUCUCUUUAGUUCUAAAAUCAUCAAACUCUCUGAGAGAUCUGGAUCUGAGUCACAAUGACCUGAAGGAUUCAGGAGUGAAACUGAUCUCUGAUGGACUAAAGAGUUCACAUUGUCAACUCAACACACUGAAAAUAAAUGGUUGUGAUCUCACUGAUAAGAGCUGUGAAAGUUUGGCUUCAGUCCUUCAAUCAUCAAACUCUCUGAGAGAUCUGGAUCUGAGCUUUAAUGACCUGAAGGAUUCAGGAGUGAAACUGAUCUCUGAUGGACUGAAGAGUUCACACUGUCAACUAGAGAUACUGAGAUUAUCAUUAUGUAAAGUGACAGAAGAAGGCUGUUGUCAUCUGGCUUCAGCUCUUAGAUCAAACCCCUCACACCUGAGAGAACUGGACCUGAAUAACAAUCGUCCGGGAUUGUCAGGAGUUCAGCUGCUCUGUGAAAGACUCGAUGAUCCAAACUGCAAACUCAACAAACUCAAGUAUGUAUGUUGAGCAGCCAGAUUGGCCCAUUGGCGUCUGUCCUACAUCAUGGUCUCCUAAUCCUCAUAUGAUUGGCUUCUUCACGACCUUUCACCUCUACCAAUAUACUGAUGUGCAGUGAGCGUUCUGGGGCAAUAUGGCUGUCGCCAUCAUCCAAGUGGAUGCUGCACAUCACUGGUUGUUGAGGAGAGCUUUGAGUACUUAGAAAAGCCCUGUAUAAAUGUCAAGCUUUAUCAUUAUUAUUAUAAUUAAACAUCUUACAGAUGCUGUCAUUUAAAUCUGUAUAAACUGAGUUUUUUUGUUCAUGUUCAUGAUUCUGUACAGUGAACACAAUGAGGGUGUGAGAAUUAACAGAAAAUGUGAUGCUGUCACUAAUAAUACAACUCACUGGACAAUGUGAAAUAAAAAAUGCUGUUGUCGCCUUCUGGUUAGAAAGUUGAGUUUGUUAGGUGAAGAUUGCAGAAGAUUGAAAAAUGACUCUGACUGUCCACAUCAUACGCGACUGCCGUGAUGUAACACGACACGACACAAGACAUUAGAAACGCAAUAGAACCCAUUAUAAUUUUUAUAUUUUGUCCACACUGGAUGCGGCGCAUCCGGUGUCAACACGGUGUCCUUUCAUUUCAUUUCUGUUUUUAUUGAAUGCUGUGCUGGGGUCACAAUGCAAAAAAUCUGUCAAAUCAGUAUCACUUGGUUUCAAUCUGUUUGCCAUUAUGUUUAGCUUGCUCAAUUUUUAUAUAGAUUUCUUAUAUUCUUUUGUGUACUAUUUUUGGAAGAAAAUGAAAAAUUAAGGUCUCACUUUUCAACAUAUUAUUUUUAUGGCAUUACAUAGACGAAUGAUAAAGUCGUUUACCAAGUUCACGAUGACAUCAAGCAGUCAGAAUGCACAACACAUCGUUGCAGUACCCCUUUAAACAAAAGCACUGCUUUACACUUUAGUUCCAAUUCUGCAACUCACUUACUCCUACACACUAUUUCAUACAUAAGACUCUUGGUGCAUAACUGAAAUGUCAUGGGUACCAUUGGGAAAACACAUCUAAUCAAAAUAUAAAACACAUUGGGUGAUUGAAAACACUUAAGACACACAGCUGAAAAUAUUUGCUAACAAAACUGAACACCAAUCAUCAGCCGCAUACUUUUGCCACUCACAGAUGUGUAAUAUCAGAUUAUUUUUCUUAAGAAAGUGAAUGACCUUCUAAAGGGUACAUACUCUUCUCAGGAUGCAAUACACAUUCAAAUAUCCCAAAACCACUAGACAUAUAUUAUCCCAGUGUUUUCAAACAAGGUUUCAUUAAAGGUUUGAAAACUAAUAGAACAUUACAGUAGUCAAAUGUUUGAUCAGAAUACAAAACACCAGCUCGUUAUGUGGAAUUUAAAGCCUGUUUGACAUUUGACCUGUGUUUCUUUUUCCUUAUCUUAAAUGUGUGCUUUUCACUGUGCGUGUCUGUGCAUGUGUGUCUGUGUGCAUCCGUGUGUAAACAUAUUUGUGUGUGUGUCUAUGUGUGUUAGUACGUGUGCACAUUGUGUGUGUGGAAUGUUUUGUAUGUGGGUGUGUCUGUAUUCUGUGUGUUCACCUUUUUCUUGUUUUAACAGGUACAUAACUUUACAUGUUUUGCUUACAGUCAAUAUUUCACAUGUACAGCUGCUUUGUAACAAUGAAAAUUGUAAAAAGCUCUAUAUAAAUAAAGUUGAAUUCAUCAGUGCAUGUGCUCUUAUAAUCUUUAAUCGAAAUCUGAA